AUGGUUACCGAUUCUGCAUUGUCCAAUGAUUCUCAGACUAAGAUUGACAUAGUUGUGCCAAUUGUUAUUAUUCGGACUGGAUCUGUUGUGGCUAACUCAAUUCCCAGGCAAUCAAAGAAACAGAAAGGAAAGAAGCCAGUUACCAAAAGAAGGCAAAGUGAAAGGAUCAAGUUGAGUUGGUUUAAGAAACCAAUUACAGGCUCAGGAUCUAGUGAGCAGCCAAUUAUCAUACCAGAAGUUGGAGAGAAGUCAGGUUCAAAAGACUCCAAAUUAGGAGUGAAAACAAGGUUUAUGAAGACAUGGAAGACCAAAAAAUUAGAGACUAAGUUUUAUGUUAUCUUGUAA